AUGCGGAAUGCUAGGGAUAUGAUUAAAGCUCAUAAACCUAGUAUCUUUGCAGUGGUUGAACCUCGUGUUUCUGACAGGAUAGCCCAACGUAUUGUUAAGAAACUCAGUCUCUCGAAAGUUCAUAUCGUCGAUCUGAUUGGUUUUGUUGAUGGAAUUUGGAUUGCUUGGGAUGACCAAGAUGUUGCUGUGGACGUGAUUUUCUCCUCUCAACAAGUGGUCCAUUGUGUUGUGAAGUAUGGUGUCACAGAUCUUUUCGUUCUCAUCGUGAUUUAUGCUAGUCUGACGUUGAAAGCCUGUAAAAGACUUUGGUUAAGCUUUAAAGAGUUUGCUGAGUCUAAUAACCUCCAUUGGGCUAUUGCAGGUGAAUUCAACGAUGUACUAUUGAUGACUGAAAAGUUUGAUGGGAGGCGCCCCUCUAUUUCCCGGUGUCGUUUAUUUCAUGAUAUGAUAUCUAGCUAUAGACUGCUUGAUUUGGGAUUCCAGGGCUCUCCGUAUACUUGGUGA